AUGACUCACGACGAGAUGUUCGAAAUGCCGCCGGCUGUACUUGACCGCUGCCCGCCGUCACUCGCGUUGCCAACGGCAGACCCACACGCUUUAGCAGUAGAGGCAAUGUUGCGUUUUGUCGGUGCACACUUUGUGAAGCACGACGCACCACUCCCCGUUGCAUGUGAAAUACGCACAGCCGUCAAUAACAAGAAUACAUCAUGGCGUAGUAAAGGCCAGAAGGAGAGACAUGAAGGUUGCAUGGCGUGCCUUAAUUUCAUUGAAAAUAACACACAUCUUGACGCAGAGAUGGUGCCGAGUGAUCAGCAGCCACUGUUGCUUUGUGUAAAGGUACUAGCACUAAAGUCACUCUUUCCGGCAUUUGUAUACAUCACACACAUGGAUGAUGGACUCUACAAGAGUGUCAUUCAAAAAGCGAUUGUACCUAAAGUAGCCACCACCUGGCAGCGAUUGCGUGGGACGUACCGCAACGACGUACUGGAGCACAACCCAAGCUGUGGACACUACAGUAGUGUAGAGGAAGCUGUAAAGGAAAUAGAAAGUGGUCUUCGGGCGUUGGAAACAUUACACGUUGCACAUGCAAACUCCGCUGGAACUUUUCUUUUGGGAACAGAGCGGCCCUGCAGUGCAGAUGCGAUGGCGUACGCGGCGGCCUCAUCCUUUCUGCAUGCGGACUUUGCCGGUCAUCAGGCGUCCACAGUUAUUUUGGAGGCCCAACAGAGAUUGCGGGAGGAGUGCCCGGUGUUGCUGAAGUAUGUGGAGAAACUGCGGAUGUUGUACUUUGAGGAGUACAGUGCCUUUUACAAUCUCCGCCCAACGGAGUCAUGCAAUCAGGGAAUGAAGAAUGGAAUGGAAUCAUCACAGGAUGACAUGUAUCGUCGAGGUCGAUGGACGACGAUCACGUGCACAGUUGGCUUUACGUUGAUGUACUUUGUUCUCACGAAUGCCAAACUUAUCUUGCUUUUACUAGAGGAGUUGUCUGAAGAAGAAGAAGAAGAGGAGGAUAUGGAGGAGAAUGAAAGGGGUGAACAUGGGGAAAAUGAAGGACGGAUUAAAUCAAAGGAAGAGUCCAAAUAG